AUGGACCCUUCCACCGUUACGGCGGAGCGCCUCUAUGGCGAAAUUGCUGGGCCCAGUUUAGAAGCGAAGCCAAAUUUCGUGUUUUCACCCUUCAGCAUUUUCAGCGUUUUUCACACCGCACAGAAAGGUGCUGCUGGGGAAACCAGGGGACAGAUGGAUGCACUCGUGGGUCCUAAUGAAAGCUUUGCCAUCCCCGAGUUGAUACAGCCACCUCAGAAAGAAGGUGCUGUUGCUGUCGACGUUGCGAAUCGGUUGUACGUACACCCUGGACUGGAGAAAAACAAACACUUCAAGAAGUUCAAGAAGCAGCUGCAGGAGGAGAAGCAGAGUGCAGAAACUAUCGAUUUCUCGGACGGCGCAGCUGCUGCUGAGAAGAUUAACAGUUUCGUUGCCACUACAACACGCGAUCACAUUAAGAACCUUCUGAAUGCCUCCGCUCUGGGGCCACAGACUCGCCUUGUAUUGAUCAACGCACUGUAUUUCAAAGCUCCAUGGCUCCAGCAGUUCGAAAGUUCUGCAACCAGCUUGGGCGUUUUCUUCACUCCCAGUGGUCCUAAGCAGACCCAGUUCAUGAAGGGGAAGCUGGACAAGGCGCCACUUUUGUUAUCCAUGAAGAAGGAAGCUUUGGCAGUGGGGCUGCCUUACACAGACCCUCGUCUUCGUCUUUACAUUGUCAUGCCAGAGGACCUCUCCAGCUUCGAGAAGUCUAUGAUCGAUAACCCGCAGCAGCUGGAGCAAACAUUUGCAGACAUGGAGUCCUCAGCAAUGGACAGGUCGUUUGAAGAGGAGAUAUUUUUGACCUUGCCGAAAUUCAAGUUGUCUGCAGAUGACAACAAAGUCGACCUGAGGGAGAUCUUCGGCAGACUCGGGGCCCCCGACAUGUUCGACAUGGGAAAGGCGGAUUUCUCAGGCAUUACUGGCGAUCGGGACCUCUUUGUUUCUUCCUUCGUCCACCAGGCGGACAUUGAUGUUAACGAGGAAGGUACAGAAGCCACCGCUGCAACUGCUAUGAUCAUGAUGUUGCGCGCCAUGCCCAUGCCUAAGACCCAAAUAAACGUUCUAGUAGACAAGCCAUUCAUCUUCCAGCUGCGCUUCGUUGAUGGAGACACAAAUCUUAUUCUUUUUAGCGGCCGUGUUGCUGACCCGACAGCUGCACAGCAGUAA